AUGGUACCCAAGGAGUUAGGGUUAAAGUUGGAAGAAUAUUUAAGUAAACUUCCAGUCAGCUGUUAUGUGAUCAGGUCAGAAGAAAGAUUAAUAUUUUUCUUGAUAUUUACAGGUGCUGCUAAAGAUAAGGGUAAAGUAAUAACAUUCCUGGAUGCUCAUUGUGAAGCUACUGAAGGUUGGUUAGAGCCUCUUGUUACAGAAAUAUAUAAAGAUAGAACUGCAGUAGCCUGUCCCAUCAUUGAUGUUAUAAGUGAUGAUACAUUUGAAUAUAUUACUGGAUCUGAUAUGACAUGGGGUGGCUUUAAUUGGAAACUUAACUUCAGAUGGUACCCGGUCCCACAACGAGAAUUAGAUAGGAGAGGUGGAGACAGGAGCCAGCCAGUCAGUACCAAUGUAAGGUUAUUAGACAACACUGUACAAGGUCAUCAUCACAGAAAUGAAGUGUUCUGUUGA